GGUUGCACUCCAAUCCGUAAAGGAGAGGAUCCACCUCACAAAAAAAUAAACCAUGGCAGCAGCAACCAAGCUCGUCCUCUCCCUUCUCCUCUUUCAGCUCGCCACCACCGCCUACUCCAUCGGCGUCAACUACGGCACCCUCGCCAACAACCUCCCUCCUCCCGCCCAGGUCGCCAACUUCCUCAAGACCCAAACCGUCAUUGACGCCGUCAAGAUCUUCGACGUCAACCCCGAGAUCAUCAAGGCCUUCGCUAACUCCGGCAUCUCCUUAACCAUCACCAUCCCCAACGGUGAGAUCCCCGGCCUCACGAACCUAGCUGGCGCCCGGCAAUGGGUCGUCCAGCACAUCAAGCCGUUCUACCCGGCCACCAAGAUCAAGUACAUUCUUAUGGGGAACGAAAUCCUUCACUGGGGAGAUGAUGCUCAGAAAAAUGGACUCGUCCCAGCCAUGAGGCAGCUCCACGCUGCUUUGAUUCAAGAGGGUAUUAAGGACGUUAAGGUCUCUACCCCACACUCCCUCGGAAUCAUGCUCGCGUCUGAACCGGCCAGCGCUGGCCGGUUCAGGCCCGAAGUGACCCCGAUCUUGCUAGACCAGCUCAGGUUCUGCCGCGAGACCAAGUCCCCAUUCAUGUUCAACCCCUACCCCUACUUCGGGUGGUCGCCUCAGAAGGAGAACUUCGCUUUGUUCAGACCCAACAAGGGCAUUGUCGAUCAGUACACCAAGAAAUUGUACACCAACAUGUUCGACAACUUGAUGGACGCCGUUUACUCUGCUUGCAAGGCUAUCGGGUUCACCGAUAUCGAGUUCGUUGCUGCCGAGACCGGCUGGCCUUCGGCUUGCGAGUUCCCGGUCUGCUCGGUUCAGAACGCCGUGGACUACAACGCGAACUUGAUCAAGCACGUGAACUCCGGCAAGGGAACUCCUUUGAUGCCUAACAGGAAGUUCGAGACUUACAUCUUUGCCUUGUUCAAUGAGAACGAGAAGCCCGGGCCCCUCGCCGAGAAGAACUGGGGGCUGUUCAAGCCUGACAUGACUCCGGUUUACAAUGCCGGUGUUAUGCGAAACCAACAGGCAUUACCAAACCAACCAGCUCAACCAGUUGUCCCAGCCAAACCAGGCAGAGGAGCAAAGCCAGUUGCACCUGUUGCUGGAGGCAAGAAGUGGUGUGUAGCGAAACCAGGCGCUAGUCCUCAAGCUUUGCAGGCAGACAUUGAUUACGUUUGUGGCAAGGGAGUGGACUGCAAGCCCAUUCAAUCAGGUGGAGUUUGCUUCUCCAAUGACCUUGCCAGUCGGGCGUCUUACCUGAUGAAUGCUUACUAUCAGGCAAAUGGCCGCCACGACUUCAACUGCGAUUUCUCUGGAAGCGGGCAAAUCACCACCGUGGACCCCAGCCGUGGGAAAUGUACAUACAAUGCUUGAAGAAGCCAAGAGGAAGAGGAAGCUGAUCCACUGGUUUUGAGAUUGUAGUAAUUUACUCUCUUUUUGUAUUUUUCAAACUUUUUGGAGAUGUAAGUUGUUAAACUGAUUAUGCUGCCAUUGCUACGACUUAUUGUACAAAACUGUUUAACAAGGGCUGAUUAAUGAGAGGAUCGGACUUCCUUAAUUUUGUCGUUAA